CCUUUUCAUUUUCUUAUGAGCCGUCCUUGGAGCUUAUACCUUCCAUAGUUCUGUUUCUUGAGAAGAUAAAACGUCCAAGGUAUUAAAUAGGUUUGUUACACAGUUUUCUACAUUGUAACAAUACAAGGCAUGGAAACAUGGAAUAAGAAAUCAUUACGCCGCCUAAAUUUAAUAUUUUCAUUUUCACUCAUGUAAUAAUCUGUUCGUCCAAACCGUUCUCACAUUUCCUGCACACUUCUGAGUUCCACUUGUAUAAAUAUGUUUGUACAAAUGAUUUAAGUUCUUCACAAGCUGUCCUAGAACCUCCGUAGGUGAAUCAUCUUCUCGAUAACUUCUGCAAAACCAUCUAGCUAGAAGCUUAGAAGAACAUGAGUGAUCAACAACCGGAUGCUCAGACGUCUGGGAAAAGGAGCCAUGAAUGGGUUUUGGAUGAGUUUGACAGAAAACCUGAUGAUGAUGAUGAUGACAUAAAGCUAGGUAAGAUUAGCAAGCUACUGCUAUUGGUUGAUCCCAACGAUUUCAUUGACUCUGAGGGCAAUAUCCGAGACUCUAAUAAGCCAAUCCCUCAUCCCUAUAUCAAGGAAGACAUGCUCAAUGCUUUGGAUUUUAUUCGCGAGCUCGAAGAUCUGUUUUUCUACGAUCCUGAAGUAAGUCGGGAUUUUUAUAUGAUUUUGCCUGCUCGUAUGGUUAUUCUUGAAUGUCCUAUUCAGAAUGUUGGAAAAGGUAUCGAAUUCUUUACGAAAGACGUUGAUGAUUUGAUUGCUGCUAUCUAUGCUUUAGCUAAGGCUCAAUACAUCAAGUAUAAGAAUGAUGAAAAUGAGGCUAUAAAAUGGGCUGUUCUUAGGGUCUCGAUGUUCAAAGCCGGUUGGUUUGACUCCCAGAGCCACACUAAGUAUGUUGUUGCUCCACCUGACUGCAAAAAGACAUUCAUUACGGACGGGGAGGCGAUGAAAGGUUUAGACGAGCAGGCGUGGCAACUCUCCUCUUUUUUUCCUUUUAUGAUUGAGUUCUAUUUUCGAUCACAUGGAUCACAUUAUUGUGCUGAUACUGCUGCUGAUUUCAGUGCAAAGGCUAAACAAUUCGCCGUGUCUUCCCAAAUGGGUAACAUCUUAAGCUAUUUUCUUGAAGACAUCUUAUUCUAUCAUGCUUUUCGCUGGAUUGGUGUGAAAAGACCAAUGCAAGUGCUAAGAGCUGAUCCUGGUAACCAGAGAAUACCAUCUGCCUUCAGAACCCGUGUUAACGUCUCUCCGUGCGGUCAAGCGGUCAUCACUUCAGCGCAUGCUGUCUUAAAAAAAAUUAUAUCUUUUGGCUACUUGGAUGAGGUCAAGAAAUACACUUAUUUUGAUUACGCUAACUUGUCCAGAGUUGCUGAAAAGAUCUUGAGUGAUCCUUGGAAAUACCACAUGUAUAGUGCCACUUAUGAAGCAAAAGCUCUUACUGAGGCAGAGCGUAGGGAAGUUAAAAAGGCCAAGGAGGAUGCCAUUUCCUUUGCGCCAUUUGUCCAAGCUUUCUGUGAUGUUUUCUUGAAAAAAUCAAGUCUGGGUAAAAUCAAAGCCCUCAAGAAGCAUGCCGCAGUCAACCCUUGUUUUAUCGCAGGGAAUUGAGUUCCUUCAGGAAGGAUUCCAGGAAGAAGCGACUCCGACAUGCUUUGAAGGCUGAGAAUGCUCAGUUAACCAAUGUAACAGGCUAGAUAGAGCUGAUAACUUGAACUUCAGUUACUUUUAUGACAGCUCAUGUUUUUGCUGACCAGUGUGGCCCUUUUUAAACAAUGGUUUAGAUUACUGUUUUUUACAUCAAGGAUUUUUCAGUUGCUACUUGCUAGCCCACUAACCGUUUUUGAGACACUUUAGUGUUUGGGAAAGAUUAUGGUUUUGCCUUUUUGCUUCCUGAUAACAACGGAUAAUGUUGGGAGCAGGGAGAGCUGGAACUGCACCAGGUCCCGGCUGCUAAAAAAUCAAACCUGGCACCCAGGACUGCACGGUUGCACCGGUCUGAUUUAUUUUAAAAAUGACUAAAAAAGGAACCAUAACGAGUUUAUCCAAUUUUAUGUCUAAGACAGAAACACGUGCUUUUUCCCAAAAUAGGAUUUAAUGUUUGGUUUUCUCUAAAUAGGACUAAUCAUUUCAUUUUGAGAUAAUUCUGUGAAUAGGAACGAAACAUUGAGAAAGUUCGAAAAUGGGAGUUUAAUGUUUCAUAGGAGUAAAAAGCGUGUGGCUUAACCAAAAUAGCCUUAAUGAAAAAAUGGAAUAAAAAUUGUUUCAAAAACCCUAGCAGGUACGACCACACUCCACACUCCACAGCCACCAAGCAGCCCCCUUUAGCGCCUCUGCCGCCCUUCAAUGUCUCAGCCGACGUCCUCUGACCUCUCAACCGCCGCCGCCGCCCUCCGACAUCUCAGCCCCUGUCGCCACGCUCCGGCAUCUCAACCCCUGCCCCACCCUUCGGCAUCUCAGCUGCUACCCUCCAGUGUCUCAAUCACCGACGCCGCCCUUCGGCAUCUCAGCCAACUCAACCGCCCUCCGACGUCUCAACAGCAGUCUCAACAGCAGCCGCCGACCCCCCUCCGAUGACAAAUCUCUCUGUUAAUUUACUCCGACGAUGGGGCCACAACCUCUAGCCUAAUGGGACUGUUGGCUUAAUGGCAGCUUGAUAAAAUAUAAAAAAUCAAUAAUAAUGGCAUCUUUACAUUUAAAAAAAAUGGCAUCUUUACAUUAAUAAUGCAAUUUUAAUGUUUUAUUGCCAUAUUUAAUGGACAAAAUUAUACAUUGCAAAAUGGCACUAUUUGGCAAAAAACCUUUUUAAUGGUAUGAUAAGAGUAAUAUUGCCAUUUUUUUAAUCUUUUAUUGACAUUUUUUAAUGGACAAAAUUAAUGUCAUGAAAUUGACACUAUUUGACAAAAAAACACUUCCACAUUCUCACACAUGUCAUUGUAAGAGCAAUAUGUCCAUCUUAGUAAAAGUAAUGCCAAAAAAUGAUAUUUUUAGUUCACUGUAUUUACAGAUAAAUAAAAUAUUAAUAAUCCACUUUAAAACUCAAAACUCAAUAGAAAUAAACAAAUCCAAAUUAAAAAAAUUUAACGAGUAUUCAAUAUAAAAUAUCAAACUAGACAUCAAUAAUAAGCUUCGGAUUUUACAGAAUCUAUCAAAUCAAUAAGAAAGAAAUUCAGAAUAAAAAUUGAAGAAAUUGCAAAAUACAAAAAUGCAAAAAAAUAAAAUCAAAAUAGCACAAGUGGGAUGGAUUCCACUUUCUCGCUUCACUCUUAUCAAGCAUUUGCCGAUUUCGAACCGUAGGAGGAGAGUCGCUCGGCAGACUAAGAAUGAAAUCAGGGGAAGAAGAUGAGAAGGAGAAGAAUGAGAAAAUGGAGAAGAAAGAGAAUGAAAUUACCUGAGACAACCUAGAGAGCGUCAUGCCGUACGAAGAAGAACGGAGAUCCGCAGAUCUAGAAGGGAAAAGGAGAUGUGAGCUCGAGCGAGAGAACGGAUCUCGGUUUAAUUAAAUCAGGGGUAUUUGGGUAACAUAAAC